GAGCCCCUCCUUUUCUUGUGCUGUGAAGUUGGAGGAAGCGGGUUUUUAGUCCGUCCGACUCAAUCCAGCUCCAUCCAGCAACAUCCACCGGUACCAGACCGAAUCAAAGCUACCAAGAUGAGCGAGCAGAUGACCGUGAGAGGAACCCUGAAGGGACACAGCGGAUGGGUGACGCAAAUCGCCACGACGCCGCAGUUUCCGGACAUGAUCUUGUCCGCGUCCAGAGAUAAGACCAUAAUCAUGUGGAAAUUGACCCGUGAUGAAACCAACUACGGCAUUCCUCAGAGAGCUAUGCGUGGACACUCGCACUUCGUGAGCGAUGUGGUCGUCUCAUCUGAUGGUCAGUUUGCUCUCUCUGGAUCCUGGGACGGCACCCUGCGUCUGUGGGACCUCACCACUGGAACCACGACCCGUCGUUUUGUGGGUCACACCAAAGACGUGUUGAGCGUGGCCUUCUCUGCUGAUAACCGUCAGAUCGUGUCUGGCUCUCGGGAUAAAACCAUCAAACUGUGGAACACGUUGGGCGUGUGCAAGUACACCAUUCAGGAUGAAAGUCACUCUGAGUGGGUUUCCUGCGUCCGUUUCUCCCCAAACAGCAGUAACCCCAUCAUCGUCUCCUGCGGCUGGGACAAACUAGUGAAGGUGUGGAAUCUGGCCAACUGCAAGCUGAAAACCAACCACAUCGGACACACGGGUUAUGUGAACACUGUGACCGUCUCUCCUGACGGCUCCCUCUGUGCUUCUGGUGGAAAGGAUGGACAGGCCAUGCUGUGGGAUCUGAAUGAAGGAAAGCACUUGUACACGCUGGACAGUGGUGAUGUCAUCAACGCUCUCUGCUUCAGUCCAAACAGAUACUGGCUGUGUGCCGCUACGGGGCCCAGCAUCAAGAUCUGGGAUCUGGAGGGAAAGAUCAUUGUUGAUGAGCUCAAACAGGAAGUCAUCACCACUAACAGCAAGGCCGAGCCGCCUCAGUGCACGUCUCUGGCCUGGUCCGCUGACGGACAGACUCUCUUUGCUGGUUACACAGACAACCUGAUCAGAGUUUGGCAGGUGACCAUCGGAACCCGCUAAAGUCAGAUUUCAAAAGCAGAACGCAAUGAAUAAAAGUUCAAUAAAAAAUAAAUAUUGAAAAUAAGAUGUGCAAA